AUGGCUCUGCAGGAUGUGUGCAAGUGGCAGUCCCCUGACACUCAGGGACCAUCACCUCACCUGCCUCGGCCUGGCGGCUGGGCUGUGCCCCGGGGCUGUGACCCUCAAACCUUCCUGCAGAUCCAUGGCCCCAGACUGGCCCAUGGCACUACCACCCUGGCCUUCCGCUUCCGUCAUGGAGUCAUUGCUGCAGCUGACACCCGUUCCUCCUGUGGCAGCUAUGUGGCGUGUCCAGCCUCAUGCAAGGUCAUCCCUGUGCACCAGCACCUCCUGGGUACCACCUCUGGCACCUCCGCCGACUGUGCUACCUGGUAUCGGGUAUUACAGCGGGAGCUGCGGCUUCGGGAACUGAGGGAGGGUCAGCUGCCCAGUGUGGCCAGUGCUGCCAAGCUCUUGUCAGCCAUGAUGUCUCGAUACCGGGGACUGGAUCUCUGUGUGGCCACUGCCCUGUGCGGCUGGGACUGCUCUGGCCCUGAGCUCUUCUACGUCUAUAGCGAUGGCACCCGCCUGCAGGGGGACAUCUUCUCUGUGGGCUCUGGAUCUCCCUAUGCCUACGGUGUGCUAGACCGUGGCUAUCGCUACGACAUGAGCACCCAGGAAGCCUACGCCCUGGCUCGCUGCGCCGUGGCCCACGCCACCCACCGUGAUGCCUAUUCAGGGGGCUCUGUAGACCUUUUCCACGUGCGGGAGAGUGGAUGGGAGCAGGUGUCACGCAGUGAUGCCUGUGUGCUGUACAUGGAGUUACAGAAGCUCCUGGAGCCAGAGCCAGAGGAGGAUGCCAGCCAUGCCCAUCCUGAGCCUGCCACUGCCUACAGAGCUGCAGAAGAUAGAGAGCUCUCUGUGGGGCCAGGGGAGAUGAUACCAGGAGACUCCGGGAUGCCAGCAGGGACUGAGACAGUGUGA